AUGAAGGGUAUAUCAUAUCCUCAGAUCCCUCCAACAAUCUCACGAAGCCAUACUCAGCAAGAUCAGCAAGAAAACAUGAAGCCUGACCCAGGAAGCACUUCAACCACGAUCCCACCACACCAUGACCUAGAAGGUCUCAGACAGCAGAUCCUAGCCAACGCAGUGGUCACUUUCUCCAGGAUCUAUCAGAAGACGCCAGCAUGCGAAAAGUACAUCGCCCAGAGACACGAUUUCGAGGUGAUUGUCGAGGUGGACGGUCCUGGAGACGACCCUCCAGCAGCCGAUACAUACCGAGCCUUACUCGUCUACCGUAAAUGCGGAGGACAUAAGCAGACUACAAGGUGA